UCUUUCGGCUAUGACAGUCAACGCAUGGCGAACCUUCAUGUGCUUGAUGAGAAGACUUUGGUGUACAUGACCGGAUAUGUGCUGACGUUUCUGGAUCACACGAACAUGAACAAAUUUUACUUAUCAUGUCUAGGUGGGUCUGGAUUUGGGGCACUUGCUGUUCACCCCAGCAGAAGACUGUUUGCUGCCGCAGAGAAGGGCAAAAAUCCAGUCAUUGGUAUUUGGUCAUGGCCUAAACUCCAGUUGUUUAGACAACUACGAGAGGGUACUAACAAAGUGUACGCGUCUAUUAACUUUAGUCCCAAUGGAACUCUCCUGGCCUCUCAAGGCGGGGAACCAGAUUAUCUAAUAACAGUCUGGAACUGGCUUGCGGAGAUUCCAGUUUUACGAGUCAAGUCGCAUGCGCAAGAUGUCUUCAGGGUUACUUUCUCCAAAGAGCUCGCUGGAAGACUAACAACUUCCGGUUUAUGCCACAUAAAAUUUUGGAAAAUGGCCAACACAUUUACCGGCUUAAAAUUGAAAGGAGACAUUGGACGAUUCGGGAGAACUGAACUGUCUGACAUCGAGGGCUACGUAGAGAUGCCAGAUGGGAAAGUCCUCAGUGGUAGCGAAUGGGGGAACCUCUUGGUAUGGGAAAACGGGCUCAUCAUAGCCGAGCUGUGCCUGAGGGUGGACUACCCUUGUCACGACGGCAUAGUUCGGCAAGUCUUGUUGACAGAUGGUGAGUUUUACACUACAGGUCAAGAUGGCUGGGUAAAAACCUGGAACUUUGACGCCGUAGAUACAUCAGAAAUAAACACAACAGAGGAAAGCAUUAAAGUACCGAUAAAAGUCAUGGCGCAAGUACAAAUUGCAGAUGGUGCCGACAUCUGGUCAAUAGUCCCAAACGUACCUAACCCCUAUUCCAAUUCAGUGUUUUGGUUUGCUCAAGAUGGAGCGGGAACUAUAUGGAAAGUGGAUCUUAGCUUUUUGAAUACUGCUAAAGAUCCGGUUAAAAUCUCAACCGCACACGGAGGACCAAUCGUGGCAUGCCAGACGUGCUCUACCAACUAUCUGUUUGCGACUCUGGGACACGAUGGUCAGAUCAGGGUCUACGACUAUGUUUCAAAAGAGUUGUUGGCUCAUCGCAAAUUCAGUGCCCCGGGGUCUUCCUUACUCUGGCCAUCGCCAUUGCUCGACGAAACUGGGAUGACCAUUUUGGCAGGAUUUACCGACGGCACCUUCCGUGUUUUGGCUUUGUCGGGCACCCCGAACAAGCACCUGCAAAUGUCGGUCACACUUUUAAACGUCAAGAAACCACACAACAGAAAAAUCACCAGCAUGGCUUUGGACAGUGACGGACAAUAUUUUGUCACCGGUGGAGAAGAUGGCACGAUAUUUUUUUUCGACGCGAAGCAAAACUUCCUGCCGAUGGUUUUUGUUGCCAUGCCAGAAUAUAGAGCCGUUAGCAGCGUCACCUGGUUUCAUAAAAAUCAAGAGUCCAAUGACCGGGCAGUUUUAGUCGUUCUCAGCGGGGCUGUCCUGCAGGAGGUCAUUAUGCCCGAAUGGGAUCAAAUCCACAACGAGACAUCGUAUCAUUUCAUGGAAUCAAAGAUGCCAAGGCGUUACGCUUUCCACAGCAUCAAGUCUCAACUACGUCACAAUGAAGAGCUGGAACGAGAGAGGCAAGAGGAGGAAGCCAGGCAGGCGGCUCUUGAGGAGGAAAACAGGAUAAAAAUUGCAGAUGGCCUUGAGUCUCAGUCCGAACAAGAUUUGAGAUUACUCCAGGAGGCGGAGGAGAUGGAGAGAUUUAGGCUCGAAGAGAAACCCAAGCCCAAAUGGCAACCGUACUACCCUCCCGAAACUAGUCCCAUUGUGUGUAUGAUCCCAGGACUCAGAGAUGAGGAAAUGUAUAUAUCAAUGGGGAAAUAUGAUGCCGGCUAUAUUUAUCACGUGAAAAUUUCUAACAAACACAAAGACGAGAUCAUCCCGGAAGAACCGAUUUCUGCUUUUGCGGUGGAAGACUCUGACGACGUGCCCAUCACCAGCUACGCCAUGUCUAAUGAUGGUGAGUACAUUAUCUUUGGAUUUGAAGAUGGCAGAAUUCGGUACCAGAGGUACAUCUACUCGUACGACCUUGAAAAUUUGGGCCCUCAUUGGACAAAAGGCAUCCACGACUGUGUGAGGGGGUCCAUCACGUCCCUGGCAAUAGACAUGACCGGAUCCUUUAUGGUGACGUGCGGAAAAGACGGCAACUGCUUCCUUCUCAGUUUCCUGGAACCCGAAGCUCUGGCGGACGUUAUUCAAGGAAUGGAAAGGUUUGAGGUACCGGAAGUCGAGGUGCCAAGUGAUGUGCAGGACAUUACGGAGAAAGAUGCGUACACGCUGGAAACGUUUAAAAACAUGGAGAAGGAAAUGGCGCUCCUAGCCGCGGCAAAGAGAAACAAAGCUGCGAAAAAAGAAGAAAUCGUUCGACUUCGAUUGCUCUAUUGUGAGAUAUUAAAGAAAAACAAUGAGCUCCCAGAAGAGUCUCGCCUCACCAAAGUGGAAGUUUGCAUUGCGUCCGAUAAUCAAGCCCGCAAGGAGAAAGAACUCGCCGAGUCGAUGAAGCAGCUCGAGCUGGAGAUGGCGUGGGACACGGAGAGGAGCACGAUCGCCUUGAACAAACUUAAGUCUGCGUACAAGGACACGUUGGAUGGGGACUUGUUUAUGCUGAAAGCCUUCAACUCCGACCUCUGCGUCUCUUCCUUCCGCUUGCCGAAGAUGCCCCCGUUCUACCUGGACGCUAAAGAUAAAGUGGAG